AUGAAUGUUAAUUCAAAAAAUAUUGUAACUUUAUCGAUAUUUUCAUCGAUAAAUUCUUUAUAUAUAUUAUUAUAUAUUUUAAAUCAAACGUUUUUACAAAUAAUAUGUACAUUAUGUAUAAUGUUGCUUUUAUUAAGUGGUUUAGUUGUAUUUCUUAAAGUACAUAAAAUAUCAGAAUACAAGGAAGAUGAUAAAUUAGAGAUAAUAUCUAAAGAAAAAAUAGAAUAUUGUGUAAUUUAUUUAUAUGAACAAUUAAAUGAUAAAUUAACAAUUAUUAGGCAAUAUUUAUUAUGGAACAAUAGAAUGAAAAAUAUAACUGUUAUUAUUAUAAUUUAUCUUUUAGGAAAUAUUUUAUCUUUUAUAAAUUUUAAUGUUUUUUUUUAUUUAUUAACAUGGGUUAUAUUUCUUUAUAAUUAUAUAAAUGAUACAUAUAUAAAUAAUGCUUAUAAGAUGAUUCAUCCCAUUUAUGUUAAUAUUAAAGAACAAGCAAAAUAUCUAUAUGAUAAUAUACCAAAAUUACAACACUUAAAAAAGAAUAUAUAA